AUGCAGCCACCAUUGCAGAGCCAAUCAGGCAUUCUGGUUGUCAACAAUGACCCUCUGAACCAUAUCAGAUACUUACAGCAGUCCCGAUCAGAUGACCCUCUGGACAAGCUGCGACGGCACUAUGAGAAUGGCUAUCUCUUUUUGAAGGGACCGAUCUCCCGCGACGUUGUUCUGAAGGCCCGCUAUGAGUACUUUGCCAUGAUACAGCUCACGGGAGUUCUUGAAGCAGGCACCAAGCCAGUCCGGGCGAUCAUCACCCAGGACAAGUCUCAGAAUUCCCAGGGGUUGGUGCUGGGGUUGGUGAGAUGA